UCUUUCAUUUAUCUUUCUUUACUGAGUCUUUCACCCUACACAUCAAUUGCAGUUCUCCUCUCCCAUCCCAACUUACUUCUACGAGCUUCACUUUGACAGCUAUGUUUGCCAAGAUCGCCCUUCCCUUGCUUACCCUUUCCGCUUUGUCUGGUAGCACUUUCGCCGCCCCCUUCAAUCCGAAAACACAGAGUCUCGCACGCCGCUACCCUUCUUUUGACAACUGGGGUGGUCUUUCAUCGUUUUCGAACUUUGAUAACUUCUACGGCGUUGACAAUUUCUCUGGAGUAGUCAGUGAUCAGGUUGUCGUAGAACAGCAGGAGGAGGUUGUCUGUCAGGCCGUGAGCAUUGAAAUUGUUCAGCAGAAGCUCCUUGUAUUGCAAGAAAUGGCUAAACAAAUCAUCACAGAGCAAGUCUGCGACGUUGAGACCCAGACUGUUGUCUUCCAACAAUUCCUCUCCAGUAGCAGCCACUUCAGCUCCGACUUGCUCCACACAUCAGGCCUCCAGGUUGGAUAUGAUUCUGGUAUUGUUAGUCACUACGGGAGCUUCUACAAUGCUGACGGAACCCUCUCCACUUCUGAUCUUGGUUUUUCUGGGAGUGAUGUUGGCAAAAGCGUGGUGAUUCCCAGUGGAAGCAAUUGGAAUAUUGCAACUUCUCCUACCUCGGUUGGUAAUGCUUUCAACGCCGCUGUGAGCGCUGCCAAUGGCAGCAGUGCCUAAGUUUCUCCGAUAGGUCCACUGAG